CCUUCUGAAAAUGUCUUCCUCAUACUUCACUUUCUCUAUCUACUUUCUAACCUUUGCUCUCUUUCUCCAAACCAUUUUUGGAGCCAGCCCUCUCUUCCAUUUUUGUUCAAACGCUGAGAACUUCACCACCGGUGAUCAAUAUGAAUCAAACCUAAGAAAGCUCUUAGGUAAUCUUAACUACCAAACCCCUCCUCUUGGUUUUGGUCUUGGUUCAGUAGGUUGGUACCAAUACCAAACUUAUGGGCUUGCUCUUUGUCGUGGAGACGUCGCCACCGCAGACUGCAAGGUGUGUGUAAAUGAGGCUAGCAACGAAAUUCACAAACUUUGCCCAUAUGAUAAAGGUACAAUUAUAUGGUACGAUAAUUGUCUUUUGAAGUACUCAAACAAGGAUUUCUUGGGUCGAAUUGAUAAUGAUAACUGGUUCUCUUUGUUGAAUGUGCAAAAUGUGAGUGAGCCAACCAUAUUUAACCAAAAGACUAGGGAGUUAUUGAGCCGACUAGCCAAGGAUGCGUCUUUCACCACAAAAAAGUAUGCGAUUGGAGAGCUAGAGCUACGAAAAUCAACCAAACUCUAUGGCUUGGCUCAAUGCACAUGGGACCUUUCUACCGUUGAAUGUUUGCAGUGUCUUGAUGAUGCAAUUGGUCAACUUCCUAGUUGUUGUGAUGGGAAAGAAGGAGGGAGAGUUGUUGGUGGGAGUUGCAACAUAAGAUAUGAGAUUUACCCAUUUAUCAGUGCUUAA